AUGAAUUCUCUGCGUAACCUUGACUAUCCCCUGCAGAACCUUAGCAGCAACCAACUGGACAAGUCCGAUUCGAUUGGCUAUACGUACAAGUGCAUGGCGAGUGGUGUCUGGGGCCUGCGCUCAUCAUUGCCAUUCCGCGAGACAUUGGACCAACUCAUCAAACAAGGUGGCGAUGCCGAUACCAAUGGAGCGGUGUGCGGUGCAAUGAUUGGAUGCAAGAUUGGCUAUUCACAACUGCCAAAGGACAUGUUGGAUGCGCUUCCCAACAAGAAGUGGCUCGAUAACUUAGUCGUCCAGUUCAUCAACAAGGUAGUGCUCAAUCCCAAUCAAUCCACAGAUCUCGAGCAACAGAUACUGAAGGAGGAGGACACGACAAGUCCAUCAUCAUGUAUCAUUUCCUAA